CAGCUGUGGCUCGCCACAUUGGGUUUUGCAACCUACGCUUCUUUAUUUAUCGCAGUAAAAUGGAGGUGGUUGCAUAACUCCGCAAAUCUAAAUUACGUUUAAUAUUUUUCCUUGAUUAUUCCGAUUACUUUCUUGCAUUUAGAAUCAUGUUUCGUGUUAGUUUUUUAACGCAGCCCUGGUCGUGUGGCCGUAGCGCGCGUAUUUUGAAACGAUGGAUUGAAAAUGUAGGUCAGGAUUCUGCGCGUAAACAACUCCGUCGUAUAAUGGAGAAAGGACCAAUCACUAUAGACUAGUAAAACUGGUUAAAAAUGAGAGAAUUGGUAUCAUUUGAAUAGGUCGUCGACUCUGAUCACGAUCAGGCUGAGAGUCCAACGUUUACAUUUCCGACCCAGUAUCAAUUGCAUAUUUACAUAAAAGAUAUGGUUACAAUGAGCUAUCUGAAGGCAUGUUUACAGCAAAGAUUCCGAUGGUUUUACUCUCCAAGUUUUAGCUUGAUUUUAUUGCGUGAUAGCGAAUUUAUUGAUGGCUAAUUAAAAAAGUAACUCAUCAGCUGAUUUCGUCUGCCUUAACAAAUUCAACGUGUCAUUAGCAGACGAACGAACUGUAGGGAAAAAAUAAAGAAUUACACGUUCAAAUCACAACAAUAACUCGUAAGAUUCGUAAAAAAAUGCUUUUGCUUGCUACACGUUUUAAGCAUUUAUUGCCAUUAACUUGAAAGAAUUGUUGGCUGGGAAUGGUGAACGUCAUGAAUGAGAUCAGACUCAUCUACAAAGCUGCCGUGGAUGCCGUGAAGCCUGGUCAACUUGUAAAUCAAGCAGUCAGAUGUUUAGGAAAUGUAGUUACAAUUAAGGAAGAAUUGGAGAUUGAAGUUGACAAGAACUGCCAUGUGAUCGGAUUUGGAAAGGCUGUGUUAGCAAUGGCUCUCCAGAUGGACACAAUUAUUGGGCACCACACAAUGAAAGGAAUCAUCUCAAUACCACAUGGAGUGAUGUCACAGUACAGUCUGCCAGAUCAGUUUCUGAAACGGUACACCAUCUAUGAAGGUGCGGUCAACAACAUUCCCGAUGAAGAGUCCUUAAAAGCAACUAAAGAAAUAGAAGAAAUGGUUUCAAACUUGAAAGACUGUGAUGUUUUGUUUGUAUUAAUAUCAGGAGGUGGAUCUGCAUUACUGGCAUCACCAGUAGAUGACCUCACUCUGGAUGACAAGCAGAAAACCAUACAACUAUUGUCAAAGAGCGGUGCAAACAUACAGGAAUUGAAUUCAGUAAGAAAGAAACUAUCUCGAAUCAAGGGCGGGAAACUAGCUCAGCUUUCAUACCCAGCUACAACCGUGGCUCUAAUUCUCUCUGACGUUAUCGGCAACCCACUUGAUGUCAUAGCCAGCGGACCGACUGUCGAAAAUAAAGAUCCACAGAACAGAGGCUGGAAUAUCAUUCAGAAAUACCAGUUGGAAAACCAACUGCCUGUAAAAGUAGCAAAGUGUCUCUCGUUCACGUCGCCUAGGAACGAAAUUUCAUUCGAUCACGUCCGGAAUUAUUUGAUUGGAAGCAACCUAACUGCGUUACAGGCAGCUGAAGCUCACGCUACCCAGAUUGGGUUUGUCACGGCCGUCUUGAGCGACCAUAUUCAAGGAGAAGCCAAAGAAAUAGGCAAGAACUUUGCUCAAAUAGCUCGAAUUGUUGCCCAGAUGAUGGCAAAAUCUAACGAUCAACAUAAACACAUGGAAGCGUUAUCUGUCGCGGCGGAGAACUUGAACGUUGACCCACGUUUCUGCUGCACCCUGGAGAGGCUGAUUCGAGGAUGCUUCAACACUCGCAAAAACUUGUGUCUUAUUGGUGGAGGAGAGACCACAGUGUCAGUUCGAGGUUCUGGUCUCGGAGGAAGGAAUCAAGAAAUGGUGUUGAGCUAUUUGGUGGAAACAGCUGAGAAUCCAGCUUCCUUAGACGAACUAGAAGUUGUUUUUCUAAGCGCUGGAACAGAUGGUAUUGAUGGGCCGACUGCAGCAGCUGGGGCUACGACUUGUGAUGGCCUAUUUAAAGAAGCUCAAGCACAAGGUCUUGAUCCCAUCACCUACCUGGAUAACAACGAUUCAUACAACUUCUUCCACCUAUUUCAGCAAGGUAAUUAUCAUUUGAUCACUGGGCCAAGUGGCACCAAUGUCAUGGACAUCCAUAUUCUUUGCUUUAAUUGGAAGCAAAGAAAUGUAUCCUUGUAGUUAUGCUUGCCGGCAUUCGUUCCUAUCGAUCAAGACCAAAAUGUGUCGACAUAGGCAUGUGCAAGCUACAGUCAUUCGUUGUGUUAUCGGGCAUUUAAAGAAUAAGGAAGUGUAUACAUAAUUCAUUGGCCUACCAACUGCGUCAAAGCGUCAAAUGUGGAAAAUAACCCCGACCACCGACGUUUUGUAAAUGUUUUUCUUUUUGCGGUUAUGAUUUUCCUUCCGUAGCUUGACAAAGUUAUUUCUCAAUCACCAACAUUUCCCCUUCAGUUCCGUGCCUUCUAAAAAAGAGAUAAAGAGAGCAGUUCUUUUUUAAAUUAUAAAUCUUUGUAUUGAAAUAUCUUCACAGCUCAAGUUUAUACUGUUUAUAUAAGAAAAAUGCUUAAUUAGUUUGGAAAGGAAAAUCGUAAUAAAUCUGAAAAUUAAUACAAAUAAAAUUAUAGCAACUAGCAUAUAAUAUACAGCUUUUUAAAUAAAUUGACAUCACAAAA